CCCCGGGAGCGGCAGGAAGGAGGCGGCGCGCGGAGGCGGGAGGCGCAGAACCCAAUCGCUGAUCCCCCGGCCGCGGCGCCGCCUCCGCCAUUGCUGCACGCGAGAGCGGGCGACGCGGAGCCUCGGAGCGCGCUCGGAGCCCAGACUUGCCGGAGCCGGGCGUGGGGCCGCAGCCUCCUGUCUUUCGCAACCAUGGUGAAGUUGGGCAACAAUUUCGCAGAGAAGGGCACCAAGCAGCCACUGCUGGAGGAUGGCUUCGACACCAUUCCCCUGAUGACGCCCCUCGAUGUCAACCAGCUGCAGUUCCCACCCCCGGAUAAGGUUGUUGUGAAAACUAAAACUGAGUAUGAACCUGACCGCAAGAAAGGGAAAGCGCGUCCUCCCAAGAUAGCGGAGUUCACCGUCAGCAUCACCGAGGGUGUCACCGAGAGGUUUAAGGUCUCUGUGCUGGUUCUCUUUGCCCUGGCCUUCCUCACCUGUGUCGUCUUCCUGGUCGUCUACAAGGUGUACAAGUAUGACCGCUCCUGCCCUGAUGGGUUUGUCUUGAAGAACACCCAGUGCAUUCCAGAAGGCUUGGAGAGCUACUACACGGAGCAAGACUCCAGUGCCCGGGAGAAAUUUUACACUGUCAUAAACCACUACAACCUGGCCAAGCAGAGUAUCACACGCUCCGUGUCACCGUGGAUGUCAGUUCUGUCAGAAGAGAAGCUGUCGGAACAGGAGACCGAAGCUGCGGAGAAGUCAGCUUAGCGAGCUGGGCGGGUUCCUUACAAUGUGUCACUUGAAGGCAACAAAGGGACUUUGAGGGACAUUUCAUUAAAUAUAAUUACCGAUAA